AUGGUGCUUCAACUACCCUCCCUUCCUCCGCUUUGUGCUUUCUUCCUCUUUCUCCUUGUGGUUGUGGAGCAUAAGAAGAGAUCUAACACCCAAGGCCCCAAAUUGAAAUUGCCACCAGGGCCAAAAAAGCUACCACUAAUCGGUAACUUGCACCAGUUAAUUGGGCCAUUACCUCACCACACCUUAAGAGACUUGGCCAAGAAACAUGGGCCAGUUAUGAACCUACAACUCGGUGAGGUUUCUGCCGUUGUCAUUUCCUCGCCAAAGGCAGCCAGAGAGGUGAUGAAAACCCAUGACCUGAUCUUCGCAAGCAGGCCAGAAAUACUUGCAUUCAAAAUCUUCUCAUUCAAUUUUAUGAAUAUGGCCUCUGUUCCCUAUGCAUUUGGUAUUAAGUGCAAAGAUCAAGAUGAAUUCAUUACAACAAUUCAGGAGGUAGUUAAGUUGGCUGGAGGUUUUGAUCUCCUUGAUGUAUUCCCUUCACUCAAGUUUCUUCAUUCGAUCAAUCGAGUGAAGCCUGCACUGGAAAAAAUGCACCCAAAAAUAGACAAGACUCUUGACAAUAUCAUCGACGAUCACACAUCAAGGAAAGCCAUGAUUAUCAGUAGUGAUAAAUUAAGCAAGGAAGAUCUACUUGAUGUGCUUCUGAAAGUUCAGGGCAAGGGUGACCAUGAGUUUCCUUUCCCAACUGACAACCUCAAAUCUGUCAUUCUGGUAUGUCUAGAAAACAUAUUCAAUAUUUCCCAGCAAUUAGAAGAAAACAGUGACACAUUCGGCUCACAUAAAAUGAAACCCAAGAAAUUGUUUUAA